AUGGCUGAUUGUGGAGUUAUAAUAGGAGCAAGCAGAGGAAUCGGAAAAGACUUAACUCUAAGACUAGCAACCCAAUAUCCUGAUCUUCCUAUAAUAGCAAUUUCAAGUUCGAUAGCUUCUUCUCCUGCCGCUGCAGAAUUUUCUCAAACUCAUAGAAAUAUUUCAUGUUUUGAUGCCGAUAUGAGUACAACGGAAGGAGUUUCAUCAGUAGCCAGCCAUAUUCAAGGCAAAAUUAGAUUCCUUGUCUACGCUUCAGCAAUUCCAGGUCCAAUGUGGUCAGAAAACCCAACACCUGAGGAUUUUGAUACUGUUAUGAAUAUUAACACGAGAUCUGUAUUUUUCUUAGCAAGGGGACUUUCAGAUAAAUUCGCUGAAGGCUCUAAAUUUUUAAUAGUCAAUGCAGGUUUAGCGCAUGUAUAUCUCAUUCCCUUCCCUCUUUAUUCAAUUUCAAAAGCAGCGUUGUAUAUGACUUACCAAGUUUUAAAACAAGAAAUCAAAACAACUGCAGUAGGAUCUGUCCUUCCUGGGGUAGUAAAAACUCAUAUUUCUGAUACUGUUUUUGAGAAAAUGCAAACUGAUUUAAAUAUAAAAAGACUUCAGCCAGAAAUAGUUGCAAAAUUUUUAGCCUACUUGAUAAGCGAUAAGGUAAGUAGUGAAAGGUUUUCUCAUGCUGAAUGGGAUAUUUAUAAUCAAGAUCAUCAAUUUGAAUGGCUUGAAGAAGGGGAUGAGCCAGCUGUUAUGCCUUCAUUUCAUAAAUAG